CCUCAUAUUUCUGUAAACCACCUUGCGUAUGGAAGUAUGGCGGCCCCAGCGACUCAACUACUACUCGGCCAAAGUUUAUUGCUCAGAUUUUCACGUGAGAGCGAUGAAUAAGUACGCGAACCGAGCGGUCGGCAACGAAGAGCUCGGCGGCCGUAAACAGAGGAGAGGGCUUGCAGGAAGAGUCGUCGGUGUCAGGCUGACUUGAGUUUCCUCGAUUUCUCUUCGCCUCCCUGAUUGAAGUGCCUUUAGUCCGGGUACCACAGGGGAAGAAACUCCGCAAGACGGGAAGAGUGGACACGGAAGUUUGAAACAAACUCACUACCCUGACUUUUGGGAAGAAAAACACACUGCAAAGCAUUUAACUGUUGUUGCCGGAGAUGUUUUUGUGAGACAUUAUUGCACUUGUUUACUACCAGCGUGUUAACAGCGACCCAGGAAGAGCCAACUGUUGACUACUCGAUGUGCAUUUAAGGGUCUGGCGCUGCAUACCACCAGCUAGUUAGUUAGCCUCCAUGGCUACCUCCAACAUUAGCCUGAGGUCGCCACAUAACCAGCAACAUGAAUGUUUCUGUGGCCAUAUUCCUGUGAAAUGUCUUUUUUGACCAUUGCAGCACUCAGGUUCCAUUAAUGCAUGAUAAAAAGAGACAUACUGGAGUAAUUUGGAUCUGCAGAGUUGACCCGCAUCACUCAUACUCCAGGAGAGGACAGACUGAGCCAGGGAAAAGGGCUCCUGUCUUCUCCAAAUCCCUCCCCUGCCUGGUGGCCAACUGUUGGACGGUGAGCAACUGAGUCCAGCUUGGAGAGUCCCGGCUGCGGCCUGGCACCCUGCCCUUAUGGGGCAGCAGCCGGGAAAGUUUGUAGGGGACCAGAGGAGACCCAGUCUGCCGGCCUUCAUCAAGGGUGGAAAGAGAGAGUCGUCACGCCAUGGGACCCAGCCGUGUAACGUUUUCGCUGUGCACGAAGCUCUCCAGAGACCAGACUUUGAGGGUCAGGGUCUGACAGAAGCGGCUCGCUGGAACUCUAAAGAGAACCUGUUGGCUGGACCCAGCGAGAAUGACCCCAACCUGUUUGUCGCGCUCUAUGAUUUCGUGGCCAGCGGGGACAACACACUCAGCAUUACUAAAGGGGAGAAGCUGCGCGUGCUGGGUUACAACCACAACGGCGAGUGGUGCGAGGCGCAGACCAAGAAUGGCCAGGGUUGGGUGCCGUCCAACUACAUCACCCCCGUCAAUAGCCUGGAGAAGCACAGCUGGUACCAUGGGCCCGUGUCGCGCAACGCUGCGGAGUACCUGCUCAGCUCGGGAAUUAACGGGAGCUUCCUGGUCCGCGAGAGCGAGAGCAGCCCCGGCCAGAGGUCCAUUUCUCUGCGGUACGAGGGGAGAGUCUACCAUUACAGGAUUAACACUGCAUCCGACGGCAAGAAUCUCUUUCUCCUCCAGCUGUACGUCUCGUCAGAAAGCCGUUUCAACACACUGGCCGAGCUGGUGCACCACCAUUCCACAGUGGCCGACGGCCUCAUCACCACGCUGCACUACCCGGCGCCAAAGCGCAACAAGCCCACCAUCUACGGAGUGUCUCCCAACUACGACAAGUGGGAGAUGGAGCGCACUGACAUUACCAUGAAGCACAAGCUGGGAGGCGGCCAGUAUGGGGAGGUGUACGAGGGGGUUUGGAAGAAGUACAACCUCACUGUCGCUGUGAAGACACUAAAGGAGGAUACGAUGGAAGUGGAGGAGUUUCUAAAGGAGGCUGCUGUUAUGAAAGAGAUCAAACACCCCAACCUGGUACAACUGUUAGGGGUGUGCACACGGGAGCCACCUUUCUAUAUUAUCACAGAGUUCAUGACCCACGGAAACCUACUAGACUACCUGAGGGAGUGCAACAGAGAGGAGGUCAACGCUGUGGUGCUGCUCCACAUGGCCACACAGAUCUCCUCUGCCAUGGAGUACCUGGAGAAGAAAAACUUUAUACACAGGGACUUAGCUGCCCGUAACUGUCUGGUCGGAGAGAACCAUCUGGUGAAGGUUGCAGACUUUGGCCUGAGCAGGUUAAUGACGGGAGACACCUAUACAGCUCAUGCCGGGGCCAAGUUUCCAAUCAAAUGGACUGCUCCAGAGAGUCUGGCCUACAACAAGUUCUCUAUUAAGUCUGAUGUCUGGGCAUUUGGUGUGCUGCUGUGGGAGAUUGCCACCUAUGGGAUGUCUCCGUACCCCGGCAUUGACUUGUCCCAGGUCUAUGAAUUGCUGGAGAAAGACUACCGUAUGGACCGACCAGAGGGCUGCCCGGAGAAGGUCUACGAGCUUAUGAGGGACUGUUGGAGGUGGAACCCAUCAGAACGUCCAUCUUUUGCUGAAACACACCAAGCCUUUGAGACCAUGUUCCAGGAGUCCAGCAUCUCUGAUGAGGUGGAAAAGGAGUUGGGGAAGAAAGGGAAGAAGGUGACAUUGGGCUCCAUUCAGCAGGCUCCAGAGCUGCCCACCAAGACCAGAACUCUUCGCAAAAACAUGGACAACCGGGAUGGAGAUAGUCCAGACCUAGUGGAUACAGAGGCUGCUGUGUCAUCACCCAUGCUCCCCAGAAAAGAGCGCCCCCUCCUGGACAGCAACCUAAAUGAGGAUGACCGCCUGCUACCUAAAGACAAGGACAAGACACGUGGCAGUGGCUUUCUCAGCCUCAUCAAGAAAAAGAAAAAGAAUGCACCAGCUCCGCCCAAACGCAGCUCCUCUUUCAGAGAGAUGGAUGUCCACCCUGACAGGAGGGGCGUGACUCCAGAUCCUCGAGACAAUGACAGCUUCAACAGCGGUGGAUCUUUGGCCAUUAAUGACGCCGCACAUGGACUCGAAUCCUCAAAGUUCCUGAGUACUAACAAUAAUGGGGCAGCGGGCAUCACCAAUGGAGCUCCUACCUACCCUGGACCUUUAUUCCCCAGGAAGAAGGGAGCUCCUGCAGUGCCUGGCCCAGGGGGCAAGGCAGCUACCACACCACCCAGUGAGGAGGAAGUGAUGUCUAACUCGAAGCGUUUCCUCUGGUCCUCUAGCCUGCCCUCCGGCUCAGAUGGCACUGAAUGGAAGUCUGUUACACUGCCGCGAGACUUGGGCCAGCGCCACUUUGACUCAGGCACCUUCGGGGGUAAACCAGCUCUGCCACGAAAGAGAACCAGUGAGCAGAAAGUGGAGAACCUCCCUCGAAUGGGCACCCUGACUCCCCCACCACGUCUGCCCAAGAAGGCCGAGGAAACAUCUGAUGAGGUGUUAAAAGACACUGAGCCCAGUCCUGGAUCAAGUCCCCAGGCUUUAACACCUAAGGUUGUCAGGAGACCAGGGGUGCCGGGGCUGGAGAACUCCAAGACCAGCGCUCUCCAUGCUGAACUUCUCAAGCCCAAUGUCUUUCCUGCUUUGGGGGCAGCUGGAGAAGAGUGCAGGGCCCGCAGACACAAGCACACUAUGGACUCUUCAUCUGUCAGGGAAAGAGGAAAGUUCCAGAAACCCAAGCCAGCCCCACCUCCGCCACCCGCCAAUGCCAAAACAGGCAAGAUUUCCCGCAGCCCCACUCAAGAACUCCCUUCCCCCUCAGACAUCAAAGCUAAGGGCCUCCCUUCUGUCUCAGAGCCCCACCACUCAACCACUGCCAGUGACCAAGCCCGCACACCCCUCAGUGAGGGCUCCAAGAAGCUGCCCUUGGGCUCCACCUCCAAACCUCAACCGUUAAAGACCUCCACCACCUCCACUUCAGUUAGCACCUCCCUCUCCAGCCAGAGCCUAGGAGGCUUCUCCUCCUCCCUCACCUCCCCCGGCGAUCAGAGCUCGCCCACCGCUUUCAUCCCCCUCGUGAACACCCGACGCUCCCUUCGCAAGACUGCACCCCGCCAGGCCUCUGAACGCACGCCGAACUCAGCCGUGACGCGCGAGAUGGUGCUGGAGGGCACCGAGCUGCUCCGCGCAGCCAUUUGCCGCAACUCGGAGCAGACGGGUAGCCACAGCGCUGUGUUGGAGGCCGGCAAGAACCUGUCGAAGUACUGCGUGAGCUACGUCGACUCCAUCCAGCAGAUGAGGAACAAGUUUGCCUUCCGCGAGGCCAUCAACAAGCUUGAGAGCAGCCUGCGUGAGCUGCAAAUCUGCCCCACCGCCACAGGGGGCGCCAACUCACAGCAGGACUUCAGCAAGCUGCUGUCCUCUGUCAAAGAGAUCAGUGACAUUGUUCAGAGGUAGCGCCAUAAAAUCUUUAACUAUUAAGAAAUAAAACUGAUAAGAACUGUAUCUUACACUACCCUUUUUUUCUGAGCAUGUGCAUGAACUCUGGUCCAUGCCGGGCUCAUGUUGGAGAGCUGAGGGUAAAGUCUGCUAGAGAGCAGCAGCAGAGUGUAGAUUUACACUCUGAAACACUUAAGCCUGUGGUUGUUGUGGAUGGAAUCAAAGGAAUCUUUCUGUAGAUGAUGUCAGAGUUUGCAAUAUUGAAAAGCCUUAACUAUGAAUGAACAGUGUCUUUUGGCCUUAAUGAAAGGCUAGGGGCCAAAUCUUUAUCAACAUGACUUUUCGCCAAUCAUUUUUGAAAUGAUCAUGUCUCAUGUAUUCUAGUUGUUUCCCUUUACUAAUGACACUAGUAGAAAAAAGGCCUGUGAUAUUUGUUUCCAUCAUUGUUUGAUUUUUUUCAUUGAUGCCAAUGACAAUGAGCAAAAAAAAAAAAAAAGAAACACUUAACCUCAUCUUGUAGUAGGAUGCCUUCUAACACUUCAUCAACUGAUGUCAUUGUUUCCAUUUUCACCUGUAAGAAUUAGGGAGCUUCUGGAAUCACAGUGUUUAUAACCCGAUGCCUCUGUCCAACACAUCCCAACAUUCUCCAUUGCUUUGUUGUACCAUUUCAUCAGUGAUUGGUUGUGUGAUGAGUGAUGAAAUCAUGUCAGUGUUCGUUCCGUACUGUAUGAAUGCUUUUUUGCAGUAUUUGCAACCAUGUGCCAUAAAAUAAUAAUGGGAGCAAGCAAACAUGGCAGAAUGAGCCUCUAGCCUUCACCUUUUUUUGCUUCUCUGCACACUUGAGUAACAAAUAGUGCCUUAAACACUUUUGGCACAGCUGUUCCAAGACUUGCCACGUCACAAGUGCGGAAUUGCGGCUUUGGCGGCAAAGCGGUUAAGAAUAGCUGUGCCGAUUUGUUUAUUGGAUUUAAAUGUUUGAUUGCCAUACCAAAAACCUUUUUAUCUCCAGUGUGUACUGGGGAGGGACCAGGGUGCAGAAUCUGCAACUCAGUGGAUCUGACUGUUGUUUUAUGUUGUCCUUAGGCUGGACUGUUGUUUGUUUUUUUUUGUUUUUUACAAGUUUGAAUCAACUUUCUCUACAUGCCAGUCAUAAAAGCCAUCAGUAGCAGUUUGGCCUUGCAGCAGCAUGCUGUGUGAUCUGUAUAGAGGGAUCAUGGACUGAAACAGUGUUUCUCUGACCACUGAAGGGCCUCUUCGCCUGAAAGAAUUUUGACAGAGGGUUUAUGUCACAUGGUCUAAAUGCUGUUUCAGAGGCCUUUCCACCCCAGCAAAUAAAUAUAUAUCCUGGGGGAAACACUGGACUGAAAUGUUUAUGGAUCUGUCACUUGCUGUCUUACAAAAAAAACAAUGUAUAAGUGAGAAGCUGACCAUUAUAGACUUAAAAAAAAACCCAUGAAAUUCAUACGUUCCUUUAUGCAUCUCCAAGACAUUUUUCAGUAUUUGUGCUGUAGUCGUCUCACCCCGUGUGCCCUGUCUGACUGCGAUGCCUGAGGACACAAGUCAACCGCAAGCUGCCUUGACUUCAACAUGGUACUGUCAGUGUUGGCUCUUAUUUUAAAUUCCUCCCCUUUACCGACCAUACCACUACUCUACUUUUCGUGUCUAAGCCUCCUCACCAAUUUUGUAGACAAACUUUGCUUUCCUUUGUAAAUAUGUUUUCUUAUUCCUAUUUGUUCCUCCCUCUAGCCUUGUGCAAUUUUUGUUGCAAUAAAAUACAAAGCAGUUGUGCUACUUGAAAUAAA